AUGAUACAGAAGCAGACGAGUGCCGGCCUCGUCACAGACGGGCUCUCCCUGUAUGCGGACGAUAACUUGUGUAGUUGGGUUAUCAGAACUGUGGCGGAUUUGAGACGCGGACUUCGCGAAGCCGCGAGUAUCUUGGACACGCUGUGCUCCUGCGAACUUGAGGUCAGUGCUGAGAAGUCGAUCUUCCUGCUGGAAGUCCGCGGCCCUAAGGCACCACAAGUCAUGUCUGACAUCACUUGCAAGUUGCCAUCUGGCAAAGGCAUCAUGGCUGGCAAAUGGAAGCUGCCGCUUCGACAGUCCCAUCCCUACCUUGGCAUUAUGCUCUCCUACCGCCGGAUAGAGCAGGAAUCCUAUCAGCAUCGGAAAGAAAAAGCUGUUGGCACUUUUGCCAGGCUGGCCCAUGUCCUCAAAGAUCGACGAGCCCUCUCUGAUCACAGGCGUGUACGCUUAUGGAGAUCCCUGGUAUGGCCGGUACUCUCGUACGGCCUAACGUGCUCAGGCUUGACACCGGAUCUCAUAAAAGACUGCACGAGUCUUGUGGCCAAACAGCUCCGCAUUAUCACCCGCAGUCACAAUUACUACACUCGAGAGACGAACGAUGAGAUCUUUGUCAAGACAGGCAUACCCACGCCAGCCAAAUGCUUUGCGGAGGAUGUUGCCAGAGAAAUUUCCACGGUUGAAUCCCAAGCUUCGAUGCAGCCUGCCAGAGUGCUUGAAUGGCUAAGGUGCACCCAGUCUCAUAUCACGGCAUGCCUGAACACAACGACCUCUCAGUCCAAACCCAGGCUCUUGUCUGUAGAUAAUUUGCAGCUCACAGGCCUCCCAUGCCCUGAGUGUGGUGUCUCCUACAGCGAUUUAGCCUCGCUUAAUAAACACAUCGCCAAAGCACAUAAGAUUAGCACCAGGCCGGACUGGCAAGCUCACAUCGUUGCAGAUUACACUUUAUUUGCCGAAGAAGGUCUGCCGAAGUGCGUUUUCUGCAAACAUGCCUUCUGGGGAUGGCCCGAGUUCAAUCUUCACGUAGCUUAUGCACAAUGUGAAGGUCUAAGAGAGCAUCGGGACAAACAUGGCGAGCAGCACCUUCGAAUCAGGCCAUCUGCCUCCCGCCACCUGCCUCUUAUUGAGACACCGGAGAUUGUACAGAUUCUCUUCGCUCACCCCUGGCACAGACUCAUCGGUUGCCAGCUCGUUCGUGAGAAACUUGAGCACCACUGCCCUCUCUGUGACAAGUAUGUAGCCAAUUCUUCCUACAUCAAAUCUCAUAUACUUGCCAAGCAUGCCCAAUAUAGCUCCAUUUUACAUGCAUGCGAAGCUCGGGUUCGCAAGUUCUCCACGCCGUCUCCCUGCGUGUGGUGUGGCAAAUCCUACAAAAGGCGGGACGCUCACAUGCGCAGCUGUCUUGUGAACCCUCGCUCGAUGACAUUCGCCCAACCUCCAUCCUUCCUCAGCCAGAGCCUCCCGGCUUCGGAGCCGAAGCAGAUGUCCCCGGAGGACGAAAUGAAGGUGUACUGCGGAAUUAUGUCAGCUCCAGGCACAGAGCAAGAACAGGAGGACAGGGCCAUGGAGAUCGAGCAGGAACCAAUGCGGAGCGCACAUCCCCUGGAGGAGAGACCGGCCAAGGCGCUACGAGGAGCCAAUCUGGGGAAAGCUGGACCAAAUGGGAAAGGGAAGGGGGAUACCAAGGGGGACCACAAGCGUCGCUCAGAGAAUGGUUCGGGCUUCAAUCCAAACAGGAACCAGCCCACUCGACCGACCUAUUCCAACAACCUCCAGGCCGAGCUCCGCCGCAUGCACUCCCUGCUGCAGAGCGUCUGUCGUCUCCUUCUUCGCCACGAAGACUCCUUGAACCUGCAGUCCCUCGACACCCGAUACAUCAUUUUCUUCACCAAUCAGCCAGACGGCAUGCCCAAUCGUCUUUGGAAGGUCGCCAAGGCUUGGAAGGAUCUCCGCGACAAGGGUCAGGCCACGAUGGCGCUGAGACAAGCUCUGGCUCAUGCACUGUUCAGCGAAGUCAAGAACCGGAUCACCAAGGCGAUGCAGGACGAUGGACAACGGGAGCAAGCGGCUCAGCGAGGGUGGAUCACGGAGGACUGCAAGGGAUGGAACUACCUGCAGUGGGACAACAAGGAGCAGAAACACGUCAUCAACAAGGAGAACGAACCCAUUCUCCACACCGAGGCCGUUCGACUCCUGGACCGACUCCUCUUUCUCUUUGCCCAACCGGGCGUCCUCCACCGCUUCCACGCGAAGAGAAGCCUUCUGGAAACCGGGGAUGCGCCAGUUAUAGUCUUUGUGAUGGACAUAGGACUGAGGAUUCAGCUGGCUCACGAGACCUUCGACACAAUGCACCGACUGAGCCAGUCGGCUAUUACACAGACGGUUGGUAUGAACCUUCGUCAGGAUCGCUUGCAGCGAUCUCCUUUGGCCAACUACAUCCAGAGCCAACUCGUUCCGGAGUGGCUCAUGCGAGGAUUCAGGAGCAUUCUUGAGUGCCAGCAAUCACAGCUCCUGCUGUCUCAGCCAACAUGGCUCAGCUUGCUACAGGACUGGACGUCGCCUCACAGGCAACAUGAUGCUGCCGAGCUUUUACAGUACAUACAUUGCCAUUCACUGUUCCCACAGCCUGAUGUCUACUGGCAGACUCGUGUUGAGAUUGACAGGCACACAUGUGUGGAAGAGGAGGGCAAUUCACCUGUGAUCAGCCUUCCACUCAGUGCUUCCACUUUGCAUGACACCCAAUCCCUGGUCAAUGACUGGCACACGCAGGCUGGGACUCGAGCUCUUAAUGGACGGACUGAGCUUGUUGUGAUACAGUUGGCUCGCUACCGAGAUGAUUGCAGCAAGCGUGAUGAUUACGUGGCUCACCAGCCACGACUCGCCAUCCCGACCUUUACCGAUGAUCAUACGACUAGCACGCAUCUGCUUUACUUCAGGUUGCAAGCCAUUUGUAUUCACCUGGGAAUGCAAGUCACCUCUGGCCAUUAUCAGGCAAUUUUGUAUGAUCACUUGAGUGGCCGCUCCUUUCUCACGGAUGAUAACGUUCGGCUCGGGGCAAUGCUCGUUUGCGGAGAAUGCCAAAGGCAUGCCAUCCAGAAUGGAUUGGAGUACAAGGGUCUUCCAGAAGAGGAGUUGGAGAAGAUCCAGAUAGAGGAGGGCAAAGGCAAGCCCGAGGAGGCAAUCACCCCCGGCGAGACGGUGACGCGCGAAAUCGUGGGUCCGGCUGGGGAGAAAGAGAUCGAGGUGGUGAAAGAAGAGGAAGGCGGCAAAGAAGAGGUGGAGGAGGUCAAGGAGGAGACGCCCGAGGAAGCGAAGCAGAUCAAGGAGAAUGGAGGGCAGAUCGUGUCCCCGCCGCCCGCCCCGCCACCGGAGGUCCAGGAGGCUGAGGCUGAGAUGGGUGGGGAUGGUGGUUACUAUGGGCCCGGUGGGCCAAUGGGAGGAGCACCGGAGCCGGUGAAGUGCCCGCCCUGUCCCCCGCUCCCCAAAGCAAGGGAGCGGUUGUUGAUGGUCUCAGCGGAGGACGAGCCACCGGGCAAAGCUCCCAAAGUGGAGGUCGAUGUGACGGAGUCCGCGGAGGUGCCACAGCAGACGUUUCUCUUCGCACCACCCGCCGCGUCGGUGAAGAACGUGAGGCUGAAGAUGCCCGCGCCACAGAGGCUUGUUUCCCUGGAUACGGCGGGCGAUGACCAUGUGCAGUGGGAAAUGCCGCCUCACACGCCAGGCUUGAUGAUUGGUUCGAACUCCACCUCCCUGGCAGGUGGCCUCUUGGAUGAGGAGGUCGUGGAUGAGAACGAAGUGCCCGAAGAGUACGACGGCGAGCAGCCGCCGACACAGGAAGAGAUUAUGGAGGCGCAGCGAGGUGGCCACGCAUUUGGGAAGAUGAUGGACGUGCAGCAGCAGGGCAUCUUCUGCCUGCUGCCAUUCGCGUUUGGGACAAGCUUCGACCCGCACUCGAGGGGUCCGCGUCGUCGUGCUGGCGACACUUUCCUGUGA